GCGAUAUAAGCCGGCCGUCUCUAGGUAACCACAUCCGCACCUCUAUAAAUGGGAAUUGGAGCUGGUAUCUAGGUUGAGAAUUGAGAAAGGCAAGAGCAAGGAAAGCUAGGUAUUACAGAUUCAAAACAUUCUCCUUGCAUGGUACAAGCCUCCCUCCUGGCUCCUUGGGAUUGCCACUAUUUGGCGAGACCAUAAGCUUUCUAAAGGCCCAGACGCAUGAUAAGACUCAGGAAUGGGUGGACACUCGGAUCAAAAGACAUGGACCAAUCUUUAAGACCUCCCUCAUGGGGAAACCAACAAUUGUUAUUACUGGUACAGCAGGUAAUCGUUUCAUCUUCACUGCUAAUGACAACACCAUCACGAGCAAACAACCCACCACGGUCAGCUCUAUCAUUGGCAAGUACAACACGUUUGAACUCACCGGACAUAGUCACAAGGUAAUCAGAAGUGCCAUGGCCAGCGUCCUGAAGCCAGAGAGCCUACAGAGGUACGUUAGAGAUAUGGACUCUCUUGUAAAGCAACGGAUAUUCCAGGAGUUGGAUGGAAAGGAGUCUGUGAAGAUUGUUCCGUUGAUGAAGAGGAUCACUUUUAGCAUGGCAUGUGCUCUGCUAUUUAGACUACCUGAUGGGAAGGAGCUGGACUUAGUGUUCCAAGACCUCACAACUGCAUUAAAAGGGAUGUGGAGUUUGCAUCUAAACUUUCCGGGAACCUCAUUUCACCGAGGAAUGGUGGCUCGAAGACGAAUCUUCGAGUACUUCUCCAAUUUAAUAGAGGAAAGGAGGAGGAAGCUGUCAGAAGGAAAUGUCAGCUCUGAGAAUGACGUGAUCUCCUCCUUUCUUAAGUUGAGAAAUGAGAACGGUGAGGAACUUUCAGAAGAUAUGCUAGUGGAUAACAUCAUGACUCUGAUUAUUGGCAGCUAUGAUACAAUUACAUUCCUUCUGACUCAAUUUGUGAGGCACCUUGCCCGGGACAAAAUGAUCUAUGAUUACAUAUUGGAAGAACAGAAGAAAAUUCUUCGAGAUAAGGAAGGCACUGAUGAAAGCUUGACAUGGAAUGACAUACAGAAGAUGAAGUAUACAUGGAGAGUAGGCCAAGAGUUGUUGAGGAUUACUCCUCCAGUAUUUGGCAAUUUCAAGACAGCCAUCACUGAUACAUCUUUUGGUGGCUUUCCCAUCCCUAAAGGAUGGCAGGUAUUUUGGGUGUCAAGUGGCACUCACAUGGAUGAGCAUAUUUUCCCUAAACCAGAAAAGUUCGACCCAUCUCGCUUUGAACCUACUUCAAAGUCAUAUCCUCCAUACUCUUACAUCCCUUUUGGAGGAGGACCACAUGUUUGCCCUGGAAGUGAGUUUGCUCGAAUGGAGGUGUUGCUGAUCAUGCAUCACUUGGUUACAAACUAUGAGUGGUCAGAGAUGAUUCCUGAUGAGCCAAUUACAAGAGCCCCUCUUCCUUAUCCAGCAAUGGGUCUUCCAAUCAAGCUAUAUGUCAAGAGCAAGGAAGAAAUUUGCUCCUGAGUUUCUCCCUUUCACUUGAAAUUAUGAAACCCAUGGUUGUAGUUCUUCAUCAGAAGUUCUCUUUCUUUUUUCCCAUUUUUUAACUUUUCAGAUCAACCUGUGCUAAAAAGAUGGUAUGUUAAAUUUCA